UCGCGACGGCCUGCGCCUCGCGCUCUGAGUGUGUCGCUCUCUUCCGUCGGGGUUAUAUACUACCGCGCGGUGCUGCAGUGUUAUAAUAUACAGAUUUAAGGCAUCGACCAUGAUUGUAUUCUCAUGUCACGAUACCUGGUGAUCCGGUUGAAGUUCUAAGUAUCAGUGCGCGUGUCAACGGGGCUCGUGGGCUCAGGCUGAUAGAGCGAAUAACUCGAGAUAAUACGUAGCGUUGGUGCCGGUCGUGAGGUGAAGAUCGAUCUAUCGAUGCAUCAGGAGUUGUGGUGAAAGCACGAGAGUUUGGUGCGCCGAAGCUUCUGCGGAAUUCCCCGGAAGUGAAAGUUACCAGCCGCAGGCGAGACGUAUUGUACGACGUGCGGCUCUCUGACCUUCUCUCUCUCACUCUCUCUGCUGCAGCGCAUGGAAUGGCCAUCAGUUCACGGUGAGUACGCGCCGUAAACGGCUCGUCCCGCAGUCGAGACGGAGAUUUAAGCCGUUCAGAUGUAAGCGGCCUAACUCGACAUCAGCAGCGGCAGCACCGCAGCGAGCUUAAUUGAAAAGUCCCGGACUGCUCGUUAGAAGCGUCUCUGGUUGCGAGGGAGAAGAUGAUAUUGAGACGACGUCUCCGCACUGAUUGAAAGGGGGAGCGUCGAGUUAGACUCUCUGCCGCGAGGGUCUGGCAGAAAGGGGGAAGAGUGUGAGACAAGCGACAAGUGUGAGAAAUGACAGCGAGGACGAGGAUGGCUCGCUGGGGAUUGCGCUUCAGUCAGGACUUCCGCCGCUGGCUGAUUCUUGCGGUCCUCCUCACGCCGAUGCUCGCCAAAUCGCAGCUCACCUGGACGCCCAUCUACGUCGGCAAUGAAAGUCAGAUCGACCUCUGGACGCAGAGCCAGACGGGCUGCCCGUGCAGCUUCAACUCGUCAAAGACGGCCUGCGCCUGCUGCGUGCCGUCGGGUGGCUGCAGCUGCGGCGCCGCAAUGCCAAACAGGUGCACGCAGUGCGGCCUCGAGAAAUACUGCGCCAGCAUGUGCAACGUGACGCUGGAUAGCCGGCAGCUCUUCGACAAAUCGGAUCGGGGCUUCGGGCAAAUAAAGUCGCCGCAGCUCGAGGGCCCCUCGAUAUGUACCUACAGAUUCGUCCCGGACACCGGCCAGAGAGUCGAGCUACAGGUCUGGCGAAUGAUAUCCAUCGGCAGGCACAACGGCACCGCGUGCGAGGGCGGCUGGCUGCAGUUCGAGGGUGGAGCCAGGAUCUGCGGCCGCGACUCGCGACUCUCGGCGCCCAUUGUGCUUUUUUCCGACAAGCCGCAGCCGGUUUUGCAUAUGCAAAUAAACGAGCACACGGAGAGGUCGCAGCUCUACGCGUUCUACAGCUUCGCCUCGCAGGCGAGUCUGUCGGUUGGCUGGCCGGGAAGAGGUGGCCGACAAGUGAAUAACACCGAUUGCGAUUGGAUCUACGAGGAGAGUUCAUGCACCAAAGGCUGCAUACUAGCGAGUCCCGGAUACCCCGGACUCUACCCGCCUAACUCCAGAUGUCGUUACCUCAUCAUGGCCAACUCGACCGUCUCCAUAACCCUCACCUUCACUGCAGUUCUUAUGCCGGCCAACCAUUGCACGAGCGACUGCAUAGACGUCUACGCCGGUCCUACGCCAAGCAGCGCCUUGUUGAAAACGUACUGCGAGAGGAAGAAGGGCAGCGUCGUUCACGUCGGCAAGGAUAUGCUCGUGGAAUUCCGAUCCGGACCCGAAGUUGCGCCGUUCGACUACAAUGGCUUCGUCGCGACGCUCACUUUCGUCGAGCUGACGACCGAAGCGCCGACUACCACCACUCUGGCAACCACCACCACUACCAGAGCAUCCGAGAUGAUCAACUCGCCGAGCAGCGCGAGCAUCUCUAACGCCAUCAUCCCUAACGGACACCAUCAUCAGCUGGCCUCCCAGCAGCAGCAGCAACAUCAACAGCAGCAGCGCAACGGUGUCUACAACCCAGAGAAGCAGCGAAGCAGAGAUCACAGCUCGGGUUGCGACGUCGAGGUCAGCGGCGAGAAGCAGCGAAUGGGCUCACAAAGCACGCGCGGCCGAGCCGGCAGUGCCGUCCAAUCCAGCAGCUGCCGGCUGCUCCUUCUCGGACGGAAUUACGACACCGUGCACGUAUCCAUCGCCAACUACAAUCUCAGGGGAGGGGAAGGUACGUGCAGAAACGGCACGACCUUCUGCAAGUCGCAGAUUGAAGUUUUUGAUGGGCUGCUAGAUGAGAAAAGUUCAACGAACGCCAAACCCAUCGCUAAAAUUUGUGGACCAGCAUCGGAGUCGCAACAUCAAAAGCAGAAUUCGCCACACGACUACGUCGAAAAGAACAGGUACUCGUCCAGCAGCAGGAACAUGACGAUCGUCUUGACUAGAGCCAGUGACGAGGACUACAUGGACGUCUCUUACUACUUCCACAACGAUCGAGAGUCCGGUACGCAGCAGCCCAAAACGCUAUGCGACGUCGAGUAUUACGGCCUAAGUUCACCGAAUACCGGUACUGUGGUCCACCCCAAGACGAAUACAAUCUCAAAACAUGCCCAGUGCAAGCAGCACUUCAUCCCCGCUGCCAACCAGGCGGUCAUAAUCACGCUGAAUAGCACGAUGAACCAGACGCGCGAGGACAGCCAAUGCACGACGCAGUGCGGCGACCAGGGCUGCCGUUGCGCGAGCGAUAAAUCACUGGACAACAUCGAUCAUCUACUGCUCGUCUCGCGGACCCACGGAAACACGUUGGCGUGUCUCUGCGGAAAUAACCGGGACUGGCUGCCCGUGGAGUUCUGGAGCACGACGCCGGUGUACAUCGAGUGGUCGAGGUCGAGCCAUGUGGGAUUGAAUCUCACCGCCGAGUACAAGUUCGCGGAGGACAGCUUUUGCGGUAGCCACGAAGCAGAAAAACUCGAAGGCGAGAUACACGCCGGUUAUUCCGCGAAAUUUAGCUUCGCUCUGAAUCACUACUACCAGCAGAAGUGCACUUACAUCAUCGAGUCACCGCCCAAUCGGGAUCUCGUUAUACAGAUCGAGUCGUCCCAGACCAGGCCGUGCACUGCUUGGAACAUCACAGUCCAGGAGUACAACAGAACGACCAGAAUCGCUGAUGGUCCGAGACUGUACACGUUCUGUCCUCGAGAUAUCGCAAGAAACUUUACUAUUGCCCAGGAUAUACGUGCGGUCAUGGUCAAGUUGCAAGCUCUCGGCCGAACGGCACCGCAGUACGUUCUGAAAUGGCGAAAUAUCCCUGCAAACUCAACGAGAAACACCCGAGAUAGGCACUCCAUGAAUUCGAUCAUCAACGUUGCCAUGGCAAGCGCUUCGGGUAGAAGCCUUGUUGCGUCGCCGAUCGGCUGCCUCCUGGCGAUGCUUCUGCGUCUCGCGACCACCUGAUCAAGCUACAACGAUUUCUAUCUACUCGGUCUGUACAUAGCGUAGCUGAACAUGCAGCUUCAAGACUCGAUUGAUGGUUUUCCGAAUGAGAGCGACCUGGACUUGCAGGUGUUAAAAAGACUCUCGCGGACUAAGUUGACGUGAUUAUUUUUGUUUUACUUAUUUUUAGACGCGUCAACGCUAAACGGGAAGAACUAACAAGUUCGGAAUUAGGGAAAAUCAUCUUUGUAAAAUAUUUUGAUAACGCAGUGAUGGUCAAUCGACUGCCAGGAAAUAUUCUCGACUUCAGGUUAUGCUAUUGAUGCGUGGAUGAGCAAAGGCUAUUUUUGAAUAGAUUGUAUGACUUUUAUACACAACGAAAAUGAUAUUAGAAGUAUAUUUUGUAGCUAUCCUAACCAAUAGAUUUUAUGGUUUCUAUAUUAUAUCAACGACACAAUGAGAUUUGUUAUCUAACUCUAUCAAAGAUACUUAGUAUAUCUUAUUUAUUUUGUAAAAUAGUAAAUUAUGAGGUUUUGAUUUGAUUAAUUCUUCUUUAUCUAGUUGUGUAAUCGCAGGUAGAAUAUUAAUAAAAGUCAAUCUAUUCGAAUUUGAUAACCGACUUUUGAAAAAUUAGUUGGCGACGAUCUGAAACCACACGAGUUUAAUGUAAAUUUGGAAUUGGCAGGCUUCUUUCAAAGAUCAUUGUAUAAAAGCUCUAUUUAAACAAUAAAUCCUAUGAGGACAGCGUUUUCAUAAACGAAAUACACUUACUAAACUAGUCAGAUGGAGUAUACACUAAGAAUAAUAAGUUUAAUACGUAAACAAUGUAAGACAGUAGAGAUCCAUCACUAAUUGCAAACCACAUGUUAUGCAGACGUUUUGAAAUGGUAAAAAUAAUUUGUAUAUGUUAUAUAAAUUUAUGUUGACGAUUGAUGUAAAAAUCCAUUAAGCUGGUGAGUAUUAAACAUUUUUAUUAAUUAUAUAUGAAUUGAAUAUGAAAAAUACUAACUAUUAUAGUUAUUUUUGUACCAAAAAUGUAAUAACUAAAAUAUUACUUUAAGAUAAGAAUAGCUCGCGUUCGACAGGAACUUUCAUAAAGUCAUUGUUGAACCAAUCUCUUAUAAAUUAUAUGUUAAUCGUCUCAUCCUCAUUUCAUUGAAAAAAGAAAAUGUAAAUAAACCUGUAAGUAAAUCAUCUAAAGUAUAUAUAACGUAAUUCUUAAGCUUAAUGCUACAGUAAACAAAAUGAGUAUAUCAAGUUAUUUACUUAACUUACAGUUUACCAUGAAGAGUCGGCAAUAUUAAAAUGGACCGACCUAAAACUAUUUCGUUUAAAAACACUAAAAAAUAUAUAAAUAAUGCUACUUUAAAAUAAAAAUUGUUUUCUAACUUUUUAUAAUUUUAAUAAAAAUGAUAUUUAAAAUUAUAUGAAGUUUCUAAACAAAUUUUAGCGUAAGAGGCAUUUUUUAUACACAAAAAAAGUUUUGUUUUGCACUUCCAUGGCAUCGCUAGUUAUUCAACUAUUAUUAGACAAAUGUACAAAAAUAUGAUGAAAUAUUAGCGUUUGUACAAAAUACAAUGAACUUAGAGAUUAAGGCAGCACGGAAUUAUUGUUGUAAAAUAAAUAACAAAGACGAUGAAAAAUCGACUGUUAUGAUAAGUGUUUAUAAGCGAGAUUAUGAGAAAAAUGUAUUUUAACGAACGAGCUUCGUCUGCUUGAAAGCAGCUCUCGAUUUUAUUGUUAACUUACUCGAUUGCUGUCCAGAAUCGCUAAUCGUUUAUUCUUUUUCCGACCAGAGACGCUGAGAAAAAAAUUUUAUGUAAAUUUUUGAUGACUGAUCAGUUUAGUUCUUUUACGAUGUUUAUAAUUUAUACCUGAUUUAUUAUUUGAUGAUUCUAUUUAAACUUUCUUGCUUUUUUUUUAUUUAAACGAUUUUUGUUCUCAGCGUAGACAAUCGUAAAAAUUUCCAUGGGUAAUAAUAAUUCUGAUACAUUAAGUUUCCUUCAAUGCUAUAUCUUUAAAGUUAAUAUUAUGAUGAUAAUAAUUUUAUAUGAAAUAAUGGUAAUUAAUUAUUAGCAACUGUUAUAGAAAGCCUUUGUUGACCAACAUAAAAGCUAUUCUGGAUGAUUGGUCGAUAAUACAACUUAUUGAUUAUUGCUAAGGAACACUAGAUACUGAACUAAUUAUAUGUACUUAACUUUUAAGGAGAAUGUUAAUAAAAUAAGAAGGGUUAAUAAAAAAUUGUGAAAUAAGAAACGAAUCUAAUAAGCCAGCGAUCGAAUACAACAAUGGAAAAACAUCUUAAGCACAGAAUUAUUAUUAUAUUAUUUAAAAAUGUUUUCUUAAUAUAUUUUACGCUAAUAAAAUCGAUAUGAAUAUGUGAUGUAAUCAGUUAAUUUAUUCUUCUCUUAUUCUACUAUAAAAUGAGUGUUCAAAAGAAAACAUUUCAAAUGAAUGAUUCUAUGCUUAAGCUGUAUGUAGUUAUAAAUAAGCGAAUCCUUUUGCAACAUUUUCAAGAAAAAAGUAUUAAAUAUUUCAUAUGCAAGAAUCGAGACCGCGUAGACGUGGUAGUUGCACUAUCAUCUGAUAAUGAGGGCAUGAGCGUUCAAAGUAUUUAUAUGAAAAGUGAAACGUAGUUAAUUAUGUAUAACUUGAUUUUCUUAGGACAAGAUAAACAAAUACACGUCAAUAAUGCCAAAAAAUUUUAAUCGAAUUCAUGUUAGAUUAUUAUUACAUUUAAUAGACAUAUAUUCGUCUGCAUAUUGUACAAAUGUAAAUAUUAAAUUUUUAUAAGAAAUUAAAUUUGAAUGUGUGUUUUCAAACUAAUAUUAUUGAUGAUUAAUUCUAUCACUCGCAUAAAACUUGAAAAAUAUAGAAGCAAUAGCCUUGUUCUAUUAAUAUGAAACAAAAACUAGGUUGUUAACAGCUUCACAAAGGCUUUAUUAUAUAUUUGUAGUAAAAAUGUCAUUUUCCUCAUUAAAAAGUCAUAUUCAAAGAUUUGCAUUUAAUGCAUGAGGAUGUAAUUAAUACAUUAGAAUGCAAUGCUACGUUUCACUUUCCAUAAUAAACUCCGCUACCUCUUCAAUUUUAUCACUAUUCGUCCAAAGUCACUUUUAUGUGAAAAAGCUGUUGAGUGCGUAUUUUAGAAUGAUGUAUGCUGAAAUCUGAUAUGUCUUCACAAAUGAUUUCGAAAAAUGGCCUAAACUUUAUCCGAAUCUUUUUUCUUUUUUAUUCAGAAAUAUAAUAAUAUAUUAGUUCUAUAAUUGUUCAAAUCGAAUUGCUGGAUGAAUGUCACGUGCAUGCCAAACAUGAAGGAGUCAGAAAACGCUUUGGCAAUGUAUCUUCGUCCAAAGGGAUGCUAUCGCACUAUGACAUAUCAAUCAUUCAGUUUUCCUAUGGGUUAGGUAUGCAACUCACGAUUCCAUCGAGGCAUCGGAAUAAUCUAUCAGGAGAAAUUACAAACUCCUGAAAUUUCAUAAAGCUGUAAACAGUUCUCACAGAUUCAGAAUUUGAGUUAAGUAGAUUUAUAAACGUAAAUCAAUAACAAAUAAGUAUAUUUUGUACCCGAUUUAUUUCAGAAGAAAAUUAAUUUCUUAAGUAUUAUAUUAAUUCGAGAUUAUUAUACUCACAUUACAUCUUCGUCAUAAGAUAUUGUCUUCUAAAAAAUAAGAUUCGGAUAGAGUUUUAAAAACUUAACAGAUUUAUCAGACUGAUUGUCAAACUAAGAGAAAAAAUAUUUCUCAUUAGUUGAUUAUUUAUCAUUAUAACUAAACGUAAAAAAUAUUUCCCUUUAGGACAAAAAGCGGGUUUGGCAAAAACAACAUUAAAAAUACGAAACUUUCAAAAGCGAAAAAAAAACAACUAAAAUGGCCCAACUCGUCGACCUCGUCAAAACAGUGAUGAAAGUGUCCAGGUAACUAAACACAAGAAACGUAUAGACGAAUCAACGCUGUAUGAGCGUAUUUUGCACAUAGCGGUUUUGUUUAAUUUUCCGUCGUGCAUGCUAUUCUAUGAUGUGAAAAAUAGCAAAGACAAGUUUCGAUAUUUUAACUGCCAAAUUUCUAAGAUAAGAACUCUUUACUUUGUUAAAUUCGUAGACGAUGAAGGUAAAAAUAUAUGAAAAAUAUAUACUAUAGUUCAGAUUUUAAAUUCCUUCAUGUGCAGAACAAGAAAUUUUUGUAUUCAUUUAUCUAAAAUGUAUUUUUUCUUAAUUUUUUAAGUCUACUUUAAUCUUGAGUAAUAAUAAAUUUAUUUUGCGUUCGAAUAAAAAAAAUAGGAAUGUAUACGCAUCUUCAAUCUUUCAAGACACGGUCUGAUCCUCCGAAAGCAAAUAUAUGUUAUAUGUACGUAUUAGACGUGUGUAUCUAAGUCACAAUAAAUAGUCAAUUGUUUCAUAUAAUGAAGAAAAAUAAAUAAAAUGAGAUGAAGCACUAA